GCGGGAGCGAGCAGCUAGCUUGGCCAGAAAAACAGUUACAAAGGGACCACGUUUUUGUUAUUAUUGCCGUGUAAAAAAGAAGAAAGUCGAUACAGCGCAAGUGAGGCCUAUCUGGUAGUGGAUGGGAUGGAUGGAGACACCUGCUACAGUACCUACACUAGUAUCGUCACCAACGUGUAUCAUAAAAGAAGAAAACCUACAGUAUACUCUACGGCUCGGUACAUUAAAAAAUACCCAGUCCAGUCUUUAGCCGUUCUUGUUGGCACGUUCCCCAAAGACGCGCUUGUUUAAUUACAUGCACCACGACCACCACCAUGCAUGCACGCAGGCAGCCCGCUGCAUACACCGCACUUCUCCUGAUAAACAACCCGGCAGGGACUUUGUACACUUUUUUCUUUACUAAAGGCCUCGGCACGUUUUCUUCUUUUCAAUUUCUUAUUUGCGUCGUUUGUGUUGCGGCUAUCUAUCUGCUGCUGCUCCUCUAGUAUACAAUCACGGGUUUGCCGCACUCACAUCAUGGCUGGUUGCAGUACAGAAGAAAAAAAGGUUGGGUCAGGGAUUUCUCUUUUUUUAAUUGUAUCAUCGUAUUCCGUCUCUGUAGCCGCUUUAUAACGCGCGCUCGGCAUAGUCGGUGUCGGGCAGAUACAAGUGUCUGUCGGCACCCUUCUUGGUCAACACCACCAUGCGAAUCACACCGCCAGAGCUGCCAUCCCACUUGAUGGCCUCUCUCAGCGCGCCCUUGACAAAGUUGACGGCAUCCUCCUCCUCCAUGUUCUCCUUCCAGUUGGCAUCGCAGUAACCGUAAAUGUAUGUGGAACCCGAGCCGCCAAUGGCAUACGCCUGCUUGUGCAGCGAGCCUCCCAGAGGAAUCGAGUAGACUUGGCCGCCGAAGCGCUCAUCCCAGCCGGCAAUAAUUAAACCAGCCCUGCAGAUCCCAUUUUGUCAGUAAUAUGUUUAACCAUCCCUUGGGUGUCACUCACGAUAGGCGGUCCUUGUUGGCAUAGCACAUCUCUUGGAAUAUCGAGGCGGCUGUCUGUGUCAUUGGCGGCUUGCCGCUCUGCAUGGAAAAGAGGCCGAGCUGGUACUGGACAAUAUCGGCAACGGCUUGUGUGUCGGCGGCGGAGCCGGAGCGGCAGCACCAGAUGGUAUCGUGGACCUUGGUCAGCUUGUCUGUUACUCGGUUGGCAAUGUACGAACCGGUCGUCGUUCGCGAAUCGGCUCCUGCAGCGUUGUUGUUAGUACUCAUGCGCAAACGUAUUACGGGUAAACUGUUAUCGUACCAAGAAUGACUCCGUCCUUGAAUGUAACGGCCAUGCUGUAUCCUGGUUAGCAUCGUUCGUCGCUCGUGCUGCGUCGUUGAGGAUCGAGCCUACAUCGAAGUUCCCAAGCUAGAGAGCACAGUUAGCAACCUAUAUCCAUCGUCAUCAGACACCAUCCACUUACUUGACCUCGCCCUUCUUCAAUCUAUCCAUAUCGACAUGGAUGCCAUCUGCAAUGCCCGUUAGCCUAGCAUGUCACAAGGUGGCAUGCUCUCAAGCUCACCUUCGUUGAGGUUGCCGCUGCGGCCGUACUCCAUGACUGCUAUAUGUGUUGUAUGUGUUAAUGUGCUGCGGUUCGUCGUCAAUUCGUCUCUCGCAAUGGAUGCCCGUGGCUGUGAUGUGGUUUGUACGUCUUGAUGGCCGCCUGAAGCUCCAACUGUAGCUCAGGCAGCUUAGGACGCGCGGGCAACGUCGAAGCUCACUGGGCGUCACGUGAUGCAACCUCGCCGCCCUGCGUCCAUCUGUCGUCAUCAGCCAAAAGUGGGUGGAUUCUGUAGAUUGUAGAUUAGAUUUUCUAGUUGUGUGUUAUAGUAUAUUUAGUCACAUUUACUUUUUUUGUCUUUUUUUCUUCUCGUUUUUGCUAUUAAACUUUGGACUGAAGCAGCACCGCGCGCAAGGCCAGCUUGCCGGGGUGGCAUCGGAUCCGGCCCCACUGGCUGGCGCAACCUGUGGCAUCAUUCUGCCACCGACGUCGACCUGGUUGCGUCCACGUUUCCUAGACUCUUCAACAUCGCUACGUCCUCCUUUAGACACAGUCUCUACGCAAAAAUGGCGCGCCGGCAGCACCUCACCCUGACGGUGGUGCUUGGAUUCGUCGUCUUCCUGAGCCUUACCUACUUCUUCGGCUCCUCAUCCACAAAUCUGCAACGAGGCAGCUACGUUCAUGGCGCAGCUCCAGAUGCCAAAGUUGCGCCCGGCAGUAUCAAAGCCGGCCAUGACAAGGCAAAUGUCGAGGCGCCUAGAGAUAGCAAAUCAGACUCGGGCUUCAGCGUGGACUUUGAUAACCUGCCGUCCCUGGACGGCGACUCCAUUGCCCCCAAGCUUGAAAAUGCCACAUUAAAAGCCGAACUUGGCCGCGCUACUUGGCGCUUCCUCCACACCAUGGUCUCUCGAUACCCCGAAAAGCCGACACCUGACGAGCGCAAAACGCUAGAAUCCUUUUUCCACCUUUUCGGCCGGUUAUACCCUUGCGGAGACUGCGCUCGACACUUUAGAGGUCUCCUCAAACAGUAUCCUCCUCAGACAAGUAACCGCAAUGCAGCCGCCAGCUGGUUAUGUGCCAUGCACAACAAAGUCAACGUGCGGUUGGAAAAGCCCCAGUUUGACUGCAACAACUUGGGCGACUUUUACGACUGCGGUUGCGGCGAUGAUAAGAAAGAUGGCAAGGGCGGUGACAAGGCGGGUAAGGAUAAGAAAGCCGCUUGAAGCGUCUUCCUCCUGGUAGGGUGGGACUAAGUGUCCCCCUGAUGCUGUAGAACUCGUAUCAUUAGUAGAUUUGGUUUGUAUUUUUGGCGCAACAUUGCAUGGCACAGCGGUUUUCUGGUUUGGAUAUUGUAUUCGUAGGUAUUUAUCAUAUUGUAUAGCUAUAAUAUAUGGUUAACUCU